AUGUUCCCAAAUUCCUCCAGCUUGGGUCGUCCACCCUUCCCUCCAAAACGUCAACAACAGAGUAAUUUCUUCAAUAAAGUUCCUCUAAAUAUGCCACCUACUCUUCUCUCUCACCAGCAAGUUAUUGAUGCUCAGUUUAAUUUUCAGAAUGCAGUGGCUCUUUUGAGUGGGAACCUUGCAACUAUUCCAGUUGUUACACCGCAGCCAAUGGCUUACAGAAAUGGCAGUCCAGUACAGACGUCUGAUGCCCUCACGUCAUUCCGAGGAAGAAAGAGACUAAGUGAACAAAAUGUUCCGCAUGAUGUCAAACGGCAGCGGUUUCAGUCACACCGUUCUGAAACAACUGUAGUUAACCAAGCAGUGCCUUUACCAGAAGACCGUAGAUACUCCUUCCCAGGAUCAGUUCAGUCUCCACUGUUCUAUGCACGUUACGUACCAGAUUUAACUGGAUAUCUCCCUCCAUUGCAAGACACUUUAUUUCCAAACCCUGUAGAAACCACGCUUCCUGUGGCCAAAGAUAAGUUAAGUCAGCAGGUUUUGGAGUUGUUUCAAGCAUGUCAGCAACAGACCUGUGAUCUGAACAGAAAAGAGCUCUGCAGAACAGAAAUCCAGAGAGAAAUUCAGCGAAUUUUUCCACAGAGUAGACUCUUUUUGGUUGGGUCCUCACUGAAUGGGUUUGGCACUCGUAGCAGUGAUGGUGACUUGUGCCUGGUGAUUAAAGAAGAACCAGUAAAUCAGAAGACUGAAGCAAGGCAUAUACUCAGCUUAGUCCAAAAACUCUUCAGUACUAAACUUUCAAGCUACAUUGAGCGACCUCAGCUGAUUCGAGCAAAAGUGCCAAUAGUGAGGUUCAGGGAUAAAGUCAGCUGUGUGGAGUUUGACUUGAAUGUAAACAAUGUUGUAGGAAUAAGAAAUACAUUCCUUCUGAGAACCUAUGCAUACAUUGAGAAUCGAGUUCGUCCAUUAGUACUUGUUGUUAAGAAGUGGGCGAGUUUUCAUGACAUAAAUGAUGCCAGUCGUGGUACUUUAAACAGCUAUAGUCUUGUAUUGAUGGUUUUGCACUAUUUACAGA